AUGGCCAUCGAUAAUGAUAAUGAUAAUAAUAAUGGUGGUGGUGAACUAUGUGAAUUACAAUCAUCAUCAUCACCAUCAUUGAUGGCAAAUUAUGAACGAAAAAUUGUCUGGCGUAAUGUAAUUGCAUUGACCACAUUACAUAUAAUAGCCAUUUAUUAUUUCUGUACAAAUUCCAUGAAUCCAUCUAUACAAUGGUAUCAUCUAUUCAUACCUGAUAUAUUUGGCCGUUUAAGUGGUCUAGGUAUUUUAGCCGGUGCACAUCGUCUUUGGGCACAUCGUUCAUAUCGUGCACGUUUACCAUUACGUAUUGUAUUAAUGUUAUUACAGACAAUGGCAUUACAGAAUGAUAUAUAUGAUUGGUGUCGUGAUCAUCGUGUUCAUCAUAAAUAUUCGGAUACGGAUGCUGAUCCAUAUAAUGUUCGUCGUGGAUUCUUUUUCUCACAUAUGGGAUGGCUUUUAGUACGAAAACAUCCCGAAGUUGUACGUAAAGGUAAAACAAUCGAUCUAACCGAUUUAUGGGCAGAUCCGGUUGUACGUUUUCAACGUCGUUUCUAUAUACCAUUGGUCAUUCUGGUAUGGGGAAUUUUACCCACUUAUAUUGGACAUCUUUUAACCGGAUUACCAUGGUGGGAAUGUUUUUUUGGUGCCGUCAUUUUUCGUUAUGUUUAUUCUCUACAUUGUACAUGGACAGUUAAUUCAUUGGCACAUAUGUAUGGUUAUCGUACGUUUGAUCGUUCAUAUGAACCACGUGAAAAUCGUCUAGUUACAUAUCUUAGUUUAGGUGAAGGUUAUCAUAAUUAUCAUCAUGUUUUUCCUUGGGAUUAUUCUGCAUCCGAAUUAGGAUGGACAAAAUGUUUUAAUAUUGCAACAUUAUUUAUCGAUUUAUGUGCAUGGUUAGGCCUUGCUGAUCAACGAAAAAAAGCCGAUCAAAAAUUGAUUAAUGAUCGUCUUAAACGUACAGGAAAUCUUGAUGAAUAUCAACGACAAACGAAUCGAAAUUUUCAUCAGAUUUUCAUAGAUUAUCUAAUUGGUUUCAUUAUAUCUGAACAUCUUUUAUGGAUAACAUUUGCAUUACGUUAUUGGUCAAAUGGAACAAUUUAA